CUCUCGACCAAAAGUCUUCGGCUUGCCACUUUUCAUAUAUACUCGGACUAGUGCAUCGCCAGAACGGUCCCGUAGCAGCACUCACGAAGAAUUCCACAGCUAAAUCUCGUCCAGAAACCACGCACUAUAGCCAUGUCCGAACAUCCCGACCAGCACGAGAACGAGGGCUCCGACGAGGAGCAGCAGGAGGAUGAGCAAUACAUCAACCAGGACGACAUCGAGGUCGUAGAGGAAUCUGAUGCCGAUGAUGAGCCCAUGGAUGAGGAUGAUCAGGAGGAGGACGGGUCCGGUAUGAUCAGUGCCAAUCUGCCGCUGGAGGACAACAGUUUGGGACACUCCAUCCACCACGAAUCUUCAAUCUUCCAGGUCACCCUGCACCCCUCCUUCCCGAACCCUCCCCUCGCCAUCUCUGGAGGAGAGGACGACCUCGCCUUUAUCUUCUCCCCGCUCUCCCCGUUCCCCGACCCUUCAUCCUCGAAAUACCCCAUCAACAACUCGACCUUUGAGCCAGUCAGGCUCACCGGGCACACCGACUCGGUCAUCACCUGCGCUUUCAGUUCUGAUGGCGAGAUGGUCGCUACCGGAGGUAUGGACGGCAAGGUCAGGGUUUGGCGACGGGUCAAGGGAAAGCAAGCCGAGGACCCAGCGAGCGUUGAGGCUUGGAGGUCAUGGGAGUUCCUGACUAGUCUCGACACCAGCGACGAGAUUACCUGGCUAACUUGGCAUCCCAAGGGACCCGUUCUUGCGGCCGGAACUGAGGGUGGUACCGUCUGGAUGUGGCAACUACCUAGCGGAAACAACAUGCAAGUCUUUUCCUCUCACACUGAAGCGACUACGGCGGGAUACUUUACUCCCAACGGAAAGCUCUUGGUCACCACCUCCGCCGACUCUUCAGCCUGCGUCUUUGACCCUCGAGAGAACGCUCCUCUACUCCGACUAGCACCGCACCAGACCUACAACUUUGGCCGUUUCGAAGAGGGAAUUACCUCACUCGCAGUCGCACCUGCUUCCAACUUCCUCGCUAUCGGUGGUGCCAACGGACAGAUCCGUGUGAUCAACUUGCCCGAUGGCAAGGUCGUCAGCAAGAUCCCGGGUCACGCCGAGGGAGAGUCGAUCGAAGGGCUCGCUUUCAUGGACAUCUUGGGUCUCGCUGGACCGGGUGGAGAUGGUAGUACCAAGGGGUUGCUCUUGGUCAGUGCUGCCACUGAUGGCAAGGCCAUCGUCUGGGACGUGACCACUAGCAAACCUAGGGCCGAGGUCCACCACGAGGACGUUGUCACCUCGGUCUUCGCCCACCCCGCUCCUCGAAGGUACUUGUUCACUACUGCUUCGGCUGACAAGACCCUCAAGACUUGGGACGCUCGACAAGGAGCUCUGAUCGCUACUCACAAGGGCCACGCUGGCACUAUCAACGGUCUCGCCGUCGCUGCGGCUCCUGCUGGGUGGGGUGUUCCCGAGGGCGAGGAGGAAAAGGCUGGGGAAUCCGUGGUGGUCAGCGCGGGUGAUGACGGUGCUGUGCUCGUUUGGCGUGUAUAGACGUUGUUUAGCUAUAGAAACCAAUAAUUAUAGAUCCGGCAGCAAACUUUAUG